AUGGACAAUCAAGUGAGGCUAUUGAGAACUAGAGUUGAAUUACCUCAGUUUGAUUUUAACGGACUUCCUCAAAUUCCUCCAGGAUCAAGCUACGCCAAGAGGCUUCACGGAAUAAAAAUGAUGGGACCUAACACAUUUGUAAUUGAGAAAAAUAAGAACAACACUGCCAUCAAUACGGCCAAGUCGGAGACGCUCAUAUACAAGUUAACCGAGGAAUCUGUUGCACACAGAGAAAUUGUGAUGAAUAGGAAUGAAGUAGCCCUUCCCGAACUUAGAUCAAAAUCUAAUCAAUCAAUUGGAAGAAAAUAUAAGCCACUCUCAAAGUAUCUAAUUUUGAGGAUUACCCAUGCGGAAACAGAAUCAGAAGUUUUGGAAUGUAUUGUUGGGGACAAGGAUUUGGAUUAUGUGGAUGAAAAUGAGUUGAUUCUUUUUGAAAACUUGUACUAUAUUGAUGUAUCUGGAAAUUAUUUACCAUUUGAGAAGUUUGCUGUACUAUCAUCUCUUAGAGAUUUAAAUAUUGGUUGUAAUGCUUUAAAUAAGGUUACUGUUCCAGAUAAUAUCGAGGGAGCCUUUUCAAAAUUGGAGGUUCUUAAUAUUUCCUAUAAUACUUUUUCAGAUCCUUACCUAUUUCACGAGUUGGGAAAAUUGAAAUCUUUGAAAAAAUUGGAUUUGAGUGGAAAUAAUUUACAAGGUCUUCCAAAUGAUUUAUCACAUUUUAAAUUGGAAGAAAUUAUUUUAGAGGACAAUGUUCUUGAUCAUGGAGUGUUCCUUUCCCUAAGCUCAAUUUCAACACCAAAAGAUGUUGAACGGGCCAGAUAUAAUUGUGAAAAGAAUUCAAUCAAUCUUUUAAUUGACAACAACAUACAACUCCCUUCAUCUAAGGUACCAGUCGCUCAGUUUUACAAAAAGAAUCAGGUAAUUAAUAUAAAUAAGAUUAACAAGAAGAGUACACCCCAGAUAAAGGAACAGGAACCAUUAACGUCAAUAGAAGUUGUAGAACAAGAGGAAACGCAGGAGAGCUCAUUCUUCAUAACAGCAGUACCUAGGUUAGAUCUCAAAGCCAUCCAAAAAGAAAAUAACACAGCAGAUAAAAUCCUUACCCCAAAGAGUCCAUUUAGAUCACCAACAACAAAAUUGUUCAGCCAGCAAUCUACAGCAGAAAUUAAGAAGAUAACAGAAUCCUAUGACAGAAUGAAAGAUAUUGGCAGAAAAGUAAAUGUGACAUAUGACGUUAAAGAUUUUAGACAAAACUUAAAAGCUCCAGCCGACAGAUAUGAAUUCAAUAAGGAUUGGUUUGAUUUAGAUGUUGCCUUAAGUAAUAUUGAUGAUUCUAUGAAUGAGGAAAUUAAGAAAAAUGUUUGUAUUUCGAAAGAAAAACAAAAUUUGAACUUGUACAAUGAAAACGUUGAUCUCUAUAGGACGAAUCUUUCUGAUAAGAAGAACACAUAUCGAGCCCUUAAAUUUGCUAUUGAAAAUCCACUCAAUCUACCAACCCAGUCAGAAUCAAAGAAGGUGAAAAAUCUUGACUCAUCCAAUUUGAAGUCUUUAUAUCAUUAAUUUCGCCAUCUUGAGAGAAAAGCCGACAAUUAUUUUAAAUUUUGAAAAACAAUUUUAAAAAAAUGAUUAAAUCAUCCCUCAGAAAGCAAAUUUUGCUUCCACGUUCC